GCACAAGAGCGUAAAAUGUUGAGUAAGAAGGGGAGGAGAGAACAGGGGAGGAGAGGGGUUGAGAUUGUUUAGGAAGGGUGAGUGGUUAUUUGUCUGUCUUGUUCUGCCCUCCCUUGCUCUCUCUCUUUCAGGGUUUUCUCUUUACACUUUCUCUUUACAAACUGAACGGGAAAGAGACUGUUUAAAAAAUAUUGGCUACUUCUGGAGAACUGACCAAAGAAAUUGAUGAUUUAUGAAUUGAGGACUUUAUGAAUGCAGGCUUGAAAAACCACCAUUUUUUGAAAGAUUGUUUGUAAACAGUUUUGAGAGAUUAUUUGUUUGCACUUUUCUGGACAAGACAUUUCACCUCCAUUCUUUCUAAACCACAGCAGUUGUCUCCAUUCCUGUUGGACUGUGGUAUAUUCUGGCGCUCUGCCCCUAUCUGGAUAACCUGAUUUCAUUGGAUUAUUCUUUGGAUACUGAGGAACACUGGUGAAGAUAUAUUGGAUAAAGUGUGCUCUUUUCAACUCAAGCUGUCAACCAUAAAGAUACAAUGACAACAUUUACUAAGCCGUCCAUGCCAGACAUGACAGCCAUCUAGACCACUCCCUCAUUCAACUGUCACAGAUAGGGCUGCCAGACAGAAACCGUCAGGCUGCACUGAACAGAUCCCCCUCGGACUAACACACCACAACCAGGAAUCCCUCCUCAGGACAAUGGCCACGGCAGGGAACGGGCUAGGAUCUGACCGGAGCCUGAAAUCCACUUCCCAGCCGCCCAGUGCCUCUGACCGGCGGCAGGUGGACAAGGCCCUGAAGAGGCUGGAGAAGCUGCAUCGGCUAUGUACCAACCCCAGGCUGGGCCUGAGGAACAGCCCCCCGUACCUCCCCGAGGUGGUCUCAGAGACAGCCACGCUGCUCACCCAGGUGUGGGAGCCGUACAGGGGGCCUGCAGCUGGGGUGCAGGCCCCCCGGGGCGAUGAGGGGGAGUACCUGAGGAUCCAUGCAAGACACCUGCUAGAUAAGACUAACCGGGCCGUGCUGCUGUUUAAAGAGGGGCGCGAUAAGAUGUUCGAGGAGAUGUCCAGCUACAGGAGAAACUUGACCAAGCUGUCCCUGCUCUUCAGUCACAUGCUCUGGGAGCUGAGGGCCAUGUUUCCCGAGGGGCGCUUUGAAGGCCACACCUACAGGCUGACUAAGACAGAGGCCGGAGAGUUCUGGAGGCGAGCAUUUGGAAACAAGUGUAUUGUGCAGUGGAGCAGUUUUAAGCAGCAUCUCCGUAGGGUCCAUGGCUUUGAAGAGGGGAUGGAGUCCAUGGCUCUAAAGUCAACUGUAGAUCUCACCUGUAACGACCACAUCUCAGUGUUUGAGUUUGACAUCUUCACCAGGCUAUUCCAGCCAUGGAGGUCUCUUCUGAGGAACUGGAACCAGUUGGCAGUGACCCACCCCGGCUACAUGGCCUUCCUCACCUACGACCAGGUCAAAGCCCGCCUCCAAAACUACCUGCACCGGCCCGGGAGCUAUAUCUUCCGUCUGAGCUGCACUCAGAUGGGCCAGUGGGCCAUUGGUCAUGUGACAGGUGAUGGCGGCAUCGUACAGACGAUCCCCCAGAAUACACCUCUCUACCAGGCCCUCAUCCAGGGCUUCAGGGAGGGCUGCUAUCUUUACCCUGACGGACGUGAUGUGAACCCAGACCUCACCAGUCUGUGUGAACCAGCACAGAGAAGCAGGGUCAAAGUCACAGAGGACGAGUAUGAGAUGUACUGUGAGAUGGGUAGUACCUUCCAGCUGUGUAAGAUCUGUACAGAGAGAGACAAGGACACACGCAUCCAGCCCUGCGGACACCUGCUGUGCCAACCCUGCCUCACAGGAUGGCAGAAGUCGGAUGGACACACCUGCCCAUACUGUCGCUGUGACAUCAGAGGGACAGAGUCAAUCCUGGUGGAGCCUUACCUGUCUGUCAGCGAGGAAGAGGAAGAUGAAGAUGACCUGGAGGAUGUACAGCUAGUCAUGAAAAAACUGGCCUAUAUGAAGAGGAUGUCGUCUGAAGAGUACCAGUUCCCCAGCUCUCGCCUGGCUCCACCCCUCCCUCCCAAACACAGCACCUUCUCCCACUGCCCUUCCCCACAAGCCCCCUUACGGCCCUCCGAUAUACUGGCCAAAUACUCCCACUCUAACUCGCGUUCUGCUCACAGUGACACCCCCUCAGAUAGAGCGCUCACACACCAUACUGCCAGCACUAACAGGUGGAGCAGCCUGGUUAGGGGCCUCAGAUUCAGUGAAACAGAAGAAGAGACAUAAAGAAAGGAGUGAACGGACGUCAGAGCUCGGGUACAGCCAGAGAGAGCGGGAGAGAACCAUGUCCUCCUGACUCUGGGAGAAAAGAUAAGCACAACAUCUCUGACUGACUCAAGAAUGGAUGGAUAAUAGGAAUAAGAAAGGUCCAUUUCCACUGUUCCUGAAAAACAGCCAUUGUUAAUCUCAUGUACCUUAUGUAUAUGUAUCUUAUGUAUGCCUUAAUAUGGAGGGAGAAUGCCCUGUUGAUCUACUAAUAAUGACAUCAAAGUGAAUGGAGAAGGACAGACUGAUGGAACAACUCACUGAUGCCCUCUGCUGUACAGCAAACAGAGUUAGCUGCUGCACAGUUCCAAUAACAGGUCAAAUUCUUUCAUUGCUUGAUGUGUGUAUGUAGGGCAUUGAAAAUAUGCUACCUCAUAAUUUACCCCAUACUUAAAACAUAUUGCAAACCUCGGCUUUAAUUCAUGACUGCAAAUUACAGCGUGGGGCAGAGUCCCUCAGAACUUUGUCCAGGAUGUAUGGCUAGUACGGUAUAUAGCCUACAUACUAUAGUUGUAUGUUAAUAUGAUCAAACAUGAAACCCAAAUAAAUAUUUUGC